AAAUUAUCUAGUGCAGUGAUAGUAAAUUUCUCAUCUUUCCUUCAGUCAGAACCAGUUCUCCAGUAUUAUUUCAUAUUUCCUUUUUGUUUCUAGAUGCAGGCGCAAUUACUCAAGGGAAAGAUCCCGAUUUUUCAAUCUACUUGUUAGGCAUAGGUAUAUAAAUGACUUCCUUGGUUCAAAGCCUUAGUUGCAACUUUGUAGCCGACUAGCUGAAGAUGUCAAACCUACGGCUAGUGGUGUUUUUCGCUCUGUCGGCGGUCUUGGUGGUGAGAAGUGAGAUUAAUGUGGGAUCUACAAGUGAUCACAGUGAAACCAAAAAUACCCUCCACAAGGACUGUUCGAACGCUUACACCCCAACGUGCCUGAAACUGGAUAUAGUGUCUUGGGUUGAUAAGCUGAACGAAAAUGACGAUGUUGAUCUAGUGCCCGGGGUUUCUGUUGUUCGUGAAAACGGUAGUGAACAAGUGAACACAGCCGAUAUUGUUGCAGAGUUAGCCAGGGAUUUCCCCAACGACGCCGACGCUCGUCUGGACGCCUUCCUCAUGAAAAAGGUCACCGGAUACCUCAACAGCCAUUCCGUGCGUUUGAACCUUUGGAACCAGAAUCAGGUGGAGACGGCAAGGAGAACGGGCGGCGGGGGAGGCAACAAAAACGGUGGUGGAGGGGGUGGAAUGGGAGGCGGAGGUAUGAUGAUGGCUGCAGGGGCCAUGAUGAAGGGUACCCUAGUUGCUUUAGCUCUGGGCGGGUUGGCGGCCAUAGCAGGAAAAGCGUUGAUGACCGGUAUGAUAUCCCUGUUGCUCUCUGCGAUUAUUGGUUUGAAAUCGUUGACCCACGGGCACAAAUCCACGACCUAUGAGAUCGUCGCCAAACCUAUCUACAGCCACUCCAACACCCAUUCUAUUUCACACGACGAAGGGCAUGGAGGGUAUGGACAUUCGGGAUACAGCAGGAGUUACGAUAUGCCUCUUCCUUUGGGGCUGCAUACGGAUUACCAGCCGAAGUGA